AAAAAUUAAAUGAAUAUUUAAGUAAAAAAAUCGUUUAAUUAACUUUUAAUGGUUGAAUCAUUGUACCCUGUAAUUCGCUCAUAGCUAAUAGUGUUAGUUUUAUGUGUACUUUAAUAUCUACAGCUAGUUUUCUAAAGUGCGCUAUUUCUUUUUGCAAUAAUUUCAUUCUAAUAUCUGAAUAUUUAUCGGCUUCAUCGCAGUCCAUUUCGAGCAUGUAUCCUAGGCCGAUCUGGAUGUAAUUCCUUUCGUAAUCGGAUAUUUCACCUUGUACCAUAAAUCCAUUGCCUAUAUCCACUUUCACAGCCAUAUCGCGGUUUUUUUCUUUGAAUGUACGCAGCAAUUUCGUCAUUUCUUUCACCUCUUCCCAAUCUUUGUGCUUUUCCACUUUGGUUUUGAGAAUUAAUUCGAUCUCUUUUAAAUCAUUUUUGAGUCUAUCUUCUAUGAAGUUUUCGUAUUGCUUUAUUUUUUCUUGGACUUCUUCUGGGUUCAUUUUUGUUUGAAAUUCUUGUUUGUUUAUGUUUAUUCGGAAACAUUGAAAGUAUAACCUAACUUUUCAAUGCACUAAAUUGACAAUGACAUUAUGACUAACACAUGUGUUUGUUCUUUUGUAAGUUCUAUCUUACUCUGAUUUUUAUUAGGUUAUUGAAAUGUCAAAAAAACGAUUUUAUUCUAGUGUGACAUAUGACAAUGACAAUAAAUUGACAUUGACGUUUCGAUGACAUUGAAUGUUCGAGAAGUUAGAUUUCACAACAAAUGUGAAUCAUCGAGUCUAAAGUGCUUCAUGAUGUGAUUAUUAUUGGUGAACAAAUCAAGGUAUUUCGUUGUUUUCGAUUGUCAGAUAACUAAUUAGAUGUUUUCUCGGCUUAUAAACCAGAAAACGCAGAAAAUUCCGACAAAUUAACGUUAAAAUCGCCAAAAAGCAUUGCCACAUUGGCAUAUGAAAGUGUCAUCACCUGAUUUUGACAACCCAACUUGAUGAUGUUAGCAUAAUGGUGAUUUCAAAUUUUAGAAUGCCCAUCCAGGCACCUCAGUGGACGGAAUUCCUUUCGUGUCCAGUAUGCUGCAACUCAUACGACGAGAAACUACGCAGUCCAAUCAGCUUGGGCUGCGGCCACACGAUAUGCAGGGGCUGUCUCUCCAACCUCCACCGAAAGCAGUGCCCCUUCGACCAGACAAUCAUAAGCAUUGAAAUCGAGAACCUACCGGUCAACACGGCGCUGCUUCAGCUCGUCAGCCCGAACAUUAGAAACGACAAUGACGAUAUCGAUUGUAAGAUAGUACCUAGGGAAUAUUUAGAAAACUAUUUAGAAUGUAAGAGAUACAUAGAAGAAUUGGCUUUGUAUUUGAAGCCGUACCCUAGCGGUAGCGGGGGCAACAACGGAAGCAUCCUGUCGAGGCCUAUGCAAAGAAAACUAGUCACACUGAUUAACUGUCAGUUAGUCGAAGAUGAAGGCAGGACUCGUGCGAUGAGAGCUGCUCGAUCUCUGGGCGAACGAACGGUAACGGAAUUGAUUUUACAACACCAGAAUCCUCAACAGCUGUCCGCCAACUUGUGGGCAGCCGUGCGAGCCAGAGGUUGCCAAUUUUUAGGGCCCGCGAUGCAAGAGGAAGUGCUCAAACUGGUUCUCCUGGCUCUCGAAGACGGCUCCGCACUCUCCAGGAAAGUGCUGGUGAUGUUUGUAGUGCAAAGGUUAGAGCCGCAUUUUCCUCAAGCUUCGAAAACAAGCAUAGGACAUGUCGUACAGCUACUCUACAGAGCCUCGUGCUUCAAGGUGUCGAAAAGAGAAGGAGACUCGUCUCUGAUGCAAUUGAAAGAGGAAUUCAGAACGUACGAGGCCCUUAGGAGGGAGCACGAUGCGCAAAUCGUACAAAUAGCCACCGAAGCCGGUCUCAGAAUAGCUCCGGAUCAAUGGUCGGCCUUGCUCUACGGCGAUACAGCGCACAAAUCACACAUGCAGAGCAUCAUAGAUAAAUUGCAGACGCCCCAAUCGUUCGCUCAAUCCGUACAGGAAUUGGUCAUUGCUCUGCAAAGGACCGGCGAUCCCGGCCAGUUGUCCGUCCUGAGGAACCAUUUGGAUUUAUUGGCCGCCAUCGAUCCUAGUCCUGAAUCCGCCGCUCCCGAAUGGAAAACUUGCGCGGAUUGCUUGGAGGCGGUGCGUCGCGUGGUGGCCGGCCUGGUGGAGUUCAUCCACCAGCACGGCAGUAGAAAAUUGCAGGACGCCGCCCAUUCGCAGCACACCAAAUACAAAAUCAGCAUGUGCAGGGAUCUGACGUUGCGAGGGAAUUGCCCGCGAGGCACCAACUGCACGUUCGCCCACUCCAACGAGGAAUUGGAGAAGUACCGAGCAAAGAAUCGCAAGAGCGUGAGUAGAAACAAGGAGCACCGCGCUGACGACCAGUCGCCGACGGAGAAGCCCUUCGCCUCUCCGGAGGAUUACUAUUCGAUAUCUAACGCGUCUACGGUCAGUCCCGUCCUUACCAAUGUCGUACAGUUACCGAGAAUGGGCUACGAAGUGCCCUUUCAUCCGAAUCCCACUUACCCGGCCGCCCAACCGUUCACGCAACCCGUCUAUCCCGCCCAACCGGCCAAUUACCCGUUGCACGAAAUCUACCAGCCCACUCCCAACAUAGUUUUGGCCAACGGCGGGCAGUUCUAUCAGCCGCCCCAAAGCGAAUACCAGCCGGCGGGCAAUCAAAACCAACAAAUGACCGACGUGAAAAAAGGAUUGGACGUUGUGAUGUCCCAUUUAGCUAAAAACCAAAACUUCCAAUUGCCAAAGACCAAUCGGGGCCCGUCGAAGAGCCUAGCCGAGCUGCACCAGCGCAAGCAGGAGGUGAUAUCGCAAUUGGAGAAGGUGGUCGGCAAGAACGCCGCCACCGAGAUCUCGAACAACGCCUGCACGCUGGCCAGGCAGGAGUCCCAGCACGACAUGGACAGCCCCACGUCGCCCUACAACUUUUGGACGGGCCACAUCAACACCGGCCCCACGUUCGUGCGCUCCGAUUCGAUUCUGGCCGCCGACGAUGAUUACGUUCCGUACGAUUCGCCGGCCAUCAGCAAGUACGGGCCCAUAUCCAGGAUGCACAAGGACAGCGCGAUGAAUCAAAGCGGGCCGUUUAGAGACAACCAAACCAUUAUACGACGACCGGUGACGUCGGCCAGUCCGGUGGCCCCGUGGUACUUCAACAACAACAACAACAACAACGGGCACUAUCAUCAGGCGUCGAUGGGGGCGGCGCACGGCCACCUGGUGGGCCAUCCGGGCGGCGAGGGUUACGUGCCGUACGGGUCGCAGUUCGUGUUCCACCAGCGGCUGCCCGGCCCGUCGAAGGAACUGCUGGCCGAAUCGCAGCGCGUCAAAUUGCAGAUCAGGAAUUUGGAGAAGCAGCUCAACGAUCUGAAGAUCGCCACGCAAGGCGUGACGAAUUUGAGCGAGAGCGAAAGACUGACGCAGGAGCUGCAAUUGCUCGAGCAGGGUAUACAGGAGAAACAGAAGGAGGCCUGUUUGUCGCAGAUCGUUCAAUCUUUGGCUAUGGGAAAUUACAACAAUGGGAAUCCUUCGGGGCCGUCGGACGAUGCUAUGUACGAUGCUAACAUAGCGAACGAUAUGAGGGAGUUGGAGUUGAGGUUGCAAGAGGAGCUGGAGGAAUGGAGCGGUGAGGAUUCGCCUAAGUAAAUGUAUCGAGCGGUCUUUUUUUAUUGGAAAAAAAGACUGGGUAGAGGAAAACUCCUUUUUAAUCAUAGCUAUUUUAUUUUUGAUAAAAAUAUCUACCAUAGGUUGGGAAAUUAAUCCGUUUCUUUUUUCUUAAGCAAUUACGUUUAUUCUAUAGUUGAAGUUUAUACACUCUCGAUUUCUUUUUUGUGUUGUUAUUUUCUUAGUGGUGUUCGUUUUAAUUUUAUUCACUUGGUGAUAGGCACGUGAAAACGGCGCGAUUGACCUCACACGUUUAAAGAUCGACGGUUCUUAUUUUGUGAUAUUUUUUUACAAUUUUGUUAGUUCACUGUCUUUUUGAAUCACUUUUUCUCGAUUCGUGAGUUUGUUAUAUACAACGUUUUCACGAUAUUACAAGCGACUCGUAGGGAUAACACUUUGACCAAAUCGCGUUUGUCUCGUUAGAAAUAUUUUUGUUACCUCUGUAUCGAAGUACAAAUUCGAUCAAGUUUUUUGAAUAAACUCUGUAGUAUCGUGGAAUUCGAGAUAAUUGAAACUAUCUUGUGUCGUAGUCUUUAAGGAAACACUAACGGCUGUAAAUUAUAUAUACUGAAAGAUGUUAAAUAUUUUGGCAAAAUUUGCGAUAUUACUUUACUAUAUAAAAACAGACUGCUUAAACUAUGUAAUGAAUAAAUGGGGUUUCUUUUUCGGUCGGUGAUUCCAACGCUAAUUUACCAACGUUACUAAAAAAAAUGACCACGCUAGUCAAUAUAUAAACGAAUUCGCCAUUACCCUUAAAGGAAACCUUACUACAUUUGUACGAAAAAAAAGUGAGUGCAUAUAAUGCAUUGCGUGCAAUAAUUUCAAUAUGACGAUUUUAGGGUCAUUCAAAUGAAACAAAUAUAUUUAAAAGUUGUCAUUUCAAAAAUGAUUCAAAAUAACUAUUUAUGAAAUGAGUCUUUGGACGUCUUAUUCACAUUAAAUACGAAACGAAUGAUGCAUUUCAAUUAUAUAAAUCGAUUCGGAGGCGGCGGUUAUUCCAGUUUUAGUGGAAGGGCGGGGAAUCCCCGACGGGGAUUUCGCGCGAAAUCAAGAAUGUUGGCGAAAUGUCAUCUAAUUUUAAUCAUACUGUGUGUGGUUGGUAUAUCAAUGUUAUGAGUUGAUAUAAAUAUGUAUUUUAUUUAUGUGUGCAUUUGUUUGAAAAUGCAACGAAAACUAAAUGGAAUUAUGAGAUGCUUGCGAAAGUGCAUAUUUUAGUCAUUUAUUUAUUUAAGCUUAUACGAUUUAAUAUAUUUAAACGUUUAGAAACGAUUGUAUUUAUAAAUUAAUGUAAAAUGUUUGCGAAAAUUCCAAAGGAUGUGUAAUUAAUAUUUGAAUUGAAUUUUCGUCGAAUUUUUCUUCAGUGGAUAUCGUGUCUAAUUCAGCCAUUUAGGUACAAUUUCCGAUUUUAUUAUUAAUCGAUUUUUAUUCAAUUUAUUUCGUUACUAUCACGAGUGUAUUUCCUUUAGUAAUACUCGGUAUAAUUAUUAAACUUGAUAAAAUUCUAAUUGAAAUUGAUUCGACUAAACCUUACUAAAAAUAUAAAUAGUAAUUAAUCAAUUUGCUUGCUGAUUACAGGACCGUACUGCUUAAAUAUAACAAUUUAUUAGUCACAAUUUCGUUAAUUAGUGAAUAUUAUUAUAUUAUAUAUUUUUAUUGUGCAAAUAUGAUUGUUCAAUAAAGCGGUUGUUAAAAUAAAGCAAAAUCUUUGAUGAAACGAUAAUAAAUUUAUUGAUUUUCGUUAAUACUUUAUUACCAUUUUCGCUUUAUUCAAUUUUUUGUUAGUUCAUUUUAUUCGUUUGUUAUUUAUUCUCUUUUAGUAUUUUUACAUUUGCUAAAUUUACACCAACAUUAAGUUUCUUUAGAUAUUUUUUUAACAGCCGCGCGUUUGCAAUAGUUUGAAAAUAAUUUUUAACGCAAUACCGUAUAGAUUAUAGGCUGUGUUUACAGAAUUAGGUCUUCGGAGGUAAAUCGAAUUACUAUUAAAAAUAAUACAGGGUGUUAAAAUGCUUUAGUUUCGAAUUUUUCAACCCUCUAGUUUGUUAAUUACACCCUGUAAUGGAUCUGAUUGUUCAAAAAAAUACACUAAUUGCAUGUAAUUCGAUAUAAUAUUCGAAGACUCGUGUCUGCGUGGUUGAAUUUACUUAUUGUUGUAAUUUUUACCUUCCCUGCGUAUUUACAGCACGAUUUCUAUUUGCAAACGGGUACCGUUCGCAAUAAGAAAGCCCCUGCUGUUGUACGGAGUCGGGAUGUAUUUUAUUUAUUAAGUCGAUUUCUGGCAAUUGAUAAGUCAUGUUGCACAUGUAAUUCAUUAAUACUAUUUAUACUGAUUACAUUAAUCACAUAUGUAAUUGUGCGAGCGAAAAGGUUUCCGAUCAGGGCGGGCCCUCGUUUCGAAAGCCUUUUGCCUCGCGCUCUAUUAUAUCGGGUGGAAGUAUAUAUAUUAUAUCUAUAACGAUAAUAAAAAUUUGCAAAUUUAA